CUUCUUUUUCUACAACUACCAGACCAUUGGAUAUUUUAUGUGUUUUAAGAAUCGAAUUCUAUGUUGCUUUUCUGAAAAAAAAUUUAUACUUGAUGUCACUUCUCAAUCAAUACCUUCUAAGGAAAAUGAAUGGAAUUAACUGAACAAGAAAAACUAUUAUAUUCCUAAAAACUAUUGCUAGUUUUUAGGAACUAAUAACUUACACUCUCACUUGCAGUUUUCAAUAAUGUGUCUUACCUAUAGCAGAGCAUAGAAACAGACAAGCAUUCCUGUAAAAUAUGUAAGUUAGUCGCAAAUAUCUGACCAAAAUCUUUGAUGAUUUUUCUUUUAAUCAGCCUGCCUGGUUUUGCCGUCGUUAAUGAUGAUCCAAGGACAAUAAAUUACUGUAGAAGUGAUCUCCUUCAGUGACGCCACCUAUGAACUAGCUAUUAGCGAUAAAUAAAGGACCUCCCUAUGCUGAUAAUACAAUAACUUAAAAAGCAACUACGUAAACAUGAGGGUUCAUUCAACAUUUUUACUGCAGUGUUUUCUCAAAGUAUAUCCAGAUCUCAUUAAACCUUCGGGCAGAAAAGAGUAUCCACACUGUCUAUUUAGAAAGAAUAAAGGAAGUGCAGUUAGGAAAACAGCCACCUGCUCUGCAUCAACUUUUACUGUAGUAAGGUCACUAUAUUAAUUGCUAAUUGCAUAGGAAGAUGUUUUUGAUGCUGUUAUUUCGGCCUUUGAUGCGAUAAUUUCGGCAUGCAAGGCAAAUUUUUAUUAAAGAAACAUAACUAAUACUCAAUCGUUUGUAAUAAGGGGGUUGAAAGUGGCUAGUUACAAAACAAUAAUAAAUGUUCACGUUUUAAAGCUCCCUCAAAAAGAAAAUUAGUUUGGUAAAGCUAAUAAUAUUUUAACCACUUCAUGGUGGAGAGAUACCGAAACGACAUUUUAUAGUCUGUGAAUAUGCAACGAAUGGAUUUAUAACCUAAGUGUUUUAUCGAAAAUUAUUUAAAUGAAAAUAAAUUUAGUUCAUACAUUUUACACAAGUGCCUAUGAAGUACACGUAUUUUAGAAAUGGUCAAACGCGAACGUGUAAAAAUUGCUUUCGUUCAUCCAGAUCUUGGAAUUGGCGGAGCUGAACGAUUAGUGCUUGAUAUCGCCGGAGCUCUUAAGAAGCAAAAUUAUGAGAUAGUAUUUGUUACGAAUCAUUUCGAAAAAUUGCACGCUUUCGAUGAGCUUAAAAAUGAUGAGUUUCAUGUUGAAGUGUAUGGAGACUGGUUGCCAAGGGCUAUUUUUGGAAGAUUUCAAGCUUUUUGUGCAUACAUUCGUAUGAUCUAUUUAGCUUUAGUUUAUAUUACAUUCGGCGAAAGGCAAAGCAAACCAGAUUUGUAUUUCGUUGACCUUAUACCAACAGCAAUUCCAUUCCUAAAGUUGACUAAGAAAAAAGUUAUAUAUUAUUGCCACCACCCAGAUUUGUUAGCUUCACCCCCAGGGGGCAUCUUGAAAAAGAUAUACCGGAAACCAAUUGACUGGAUAGAAGGAAGAGCAACUGCCAUGUCUGAUGUGAUAUUAGUCAACAGUGAAUACACUGGAUCUGUAUUUAGGAAAACAUUUCCAGAUAUUGUUAAGCCCAUUCAAAUAUUAUAUCCUACUAUAGCACAUUCUUAUCAAGAGGAAGUGAGGAAAGCAUCCUCAAAAAAACAUAUCACUGAUAUUGUUCCAGAAAUAAAUUCCAAAAGCAAAGACCUGAUAAUAUUUUUGUCCUUAAAUAGGUUUCAUCCAGCAAAAAGACUAGAGUUUGCAAUUGAUGGUAUGGAAAGGUUACGUGAUAUUACAACUAGUGAUGAGUGGAGCAAAAUAUUCUGUAUAAUAGCAGGUGGAUAUGACCCACAAUCUAGAAUUAAUAAAACAUAUUUUAAUGAUUUAGUGGCCCUGGUAAACCAGAAAUGCCUAGGGGAUAAAAUAAUAUUCAUGAAAUCACCUUCUGAUAAAGUUAAAGUGGAUCUUUUAAAAACUAUCUCAGCUCUCCUAUAUACCCCAUUGAAUGAACAUUUUGGGAUAGUGCCAUUGGAAGCAAUGCUUACAGCCAAACCAGUUAUUGCAAUGAACAGCGGUGGCCCUCGGGAAACUGUGGAUCAUGGAAUUACUGGAUAUUUGUGUGAGCCAACAGCUGAGAGUGUGGCACAAUUUAUGCUCCAGAUUGUGAGGGCAAAUCCUAUGGAAAUGGGUGUCCAGGGGAGGCAACAACUGGAGGACAAAUUUUCCUACAAUAAAUUUUGCAGUAAUUUGCAUAAAAUUGUGAAGGAAGUUACAAAAAAAAAAAACAAAAUAAGUACUAACUGA